AUGGACAUGGACAAAGUUGGCGCCUUCGCCUGCGCCUUCGCUGCUUCACGAAGCGUGCCGGUGCCACGCGGCACAAGCAGCCAGGCAGGCCCAAAGAGGCUGUGCAAACGGCCUGCACACCAUGGGUAUCUCGCGAGAUACGGCAGCGUUCUGGCAGCAGUUGCCUAUGGUGCGCGCAGCGGGUGCAGUGGGCAAUGGAAGCGGCGUGCCCGCCCCGAUGCAGAAGGACUGGACUCCUCCAAAUGGGACUCAGCUGUGAGGGUGGUCGCGAUGAGCGAUACACAUGGCUUCCAUCGGAGACUGAGAGUGCCUGCUGGUGACGUUCUCGUCCACUGCGGAGAUGCGCAGUGCGAGGGCCAAGCGUGGAAGUCGGGCUUCCGAGAUUUUGUCGAUUGGUUUUCGGCAAUGCCAUUUCGACACAAGAUCUUCGUGAAGGGCAACCAUGAGCGGGGUCGAGUGUGGAAAGAGGCCCUCAGCGACUGCUACCUCCGUGGCACUCGCACGGUUGGCGGCUUGAAGGUCUACGGAGUGCCCUAUGACUCCGAAGGUUGGUAUCAGGAUGCAUUAUCCAUGCAAAUUCCUGAUGGCGUCGACCUUCUGAUCUCGCACGAACCACCGCGUGACACGCUGGACUAUGCGUCUGCUUCCAACACCAGAGUCGCAAACAUUGGAUCUACGAAGCUGAAGCGGGCCUUGGGUAGGCUUGGCCACCGGCAAAGAAAAGGCGGAAGGAGAACUGUUCCUCGAGUGCAUCUCUUUGGUCAUGUGCAUGAAGCGCAUGGCCAUAAGCACAGGCAUGGCACACUCUUCGUAAAUGCUGCCAAUGCGAAUGCUGGCCGAGCCACCGGACUGCAGCAUGCCUGCACGGUCAUUGACCUGGCAACAGAUGGAAGUGGAGACGUGAGGGUGGUAAGCAGCUGA